AUGAGGACCGGUCAUCAAGGGAACAGCUGCCUUGCCACAAUAACACCGCCAGCAAGUGGUUGUUCUGUGCCAUUUUUGAGGGACUCCUUAGGAUUGGGCCAAGCCACGGCUUAUAUAAGACCUGUACAACGUGAUUUGGAUUCAACACCUGUGUCCGAGGUGAGGUUCUUAUCAUAAAUUUCUCAGUUAAUGAACUCUGGGCAUUUGAUCAUGAAGUAAAAUCUAAAAUGGUCAAUUUCCUAAAGAGGGUGACCGGGGGGGAGGGGUAUGGAUACAUUUAAAUCCCCACUCAGGGACAGAAUACAAAAUAACAGACAGUCAAUAACCUCUGGAGCCAGGGUGUUAUUUCAUAGAUCUAUCAAUCUAUCUAUACAGCAUAGGAAAAUUCACCUUCGUAUUGAAAACUUGGCCCCAGCCACCAUGUAGAAAAAACUUCUUCUGUUCCUUGAGUGAAGAACUCCCUCUGAGGGGAUGAUUCUUUCUUUAAAUCCCUUGCCUUUGACUGCACUGCCCCCCUCGGAGUAUACAUCGAUAGAUAAUAAUAAAAAUAAUCAAAUAUUUUAUAAUAAUAAUGAUGGAAUAUUUACCAAGGAUAACCCUUCAGUACCAAGUCCGGUUAUCAACAGGGUCCUGCUUACUAAAAAAAUUUAAAAAAUUAAAAAUGUAAUAAAUAAGAAUAAACAGAAAUACAUAAUAAGGAAACAUGCGCUAGGUUUAAAACGGUUAAAAACUACAAUAAAAAAUUACAAGUAGUAAGAAGUACUAAAGAACAAACAAAAUAUGUAAAAAGCAAACAUGCACUAAGUUAAAAAACCGUUUAAAAACUAAAAAAUUCGUAAAAUUCGUCCAAGGCUUUCCUAAAUAAAACUUUAGAUGCCAUUAUGCUUACCAGGCUUUCUCAGAUAACUGCAAGUAGCUUUCUGAAACCUUACCAAGCUUGCAGAAACAAUGUCCAGAAUGGUUUGAAAACCACCAAAAAUUGUUCUUCAUUAUUUUACAAGUCUUAUACACCAUGCUUUUUAAUUUUAAGGAGACUAGUGGCAAUACAGUUGAAAUUACUUGUUUAAACUGUGGGAAAGCAGUGGCUGUCACUCAGUGGGACCUCCAUGAUAGCUUGUGUCAGGGUGGUUAUUCUGUUGAACAAAGCACCAGUAUGGACAACUGCGUGGAUUUGACAACUGGGAAUGACAACAUUGUCAGGGAUUGUUCCACCAGUGCAACUGAGAGCUCUAGAAUGGAGCCUCGUUCUACCUUCAACCCCGCAGAUGACUCCAUCACAAAAGUUUCCCAUUGUUGCAGAGAAGAUUUCAAAAUCAAAGGCUGUCCAGAUGCUAGUUCCUCUAAGAAAGGUAAGACUGUGUCUGGGGAAGGCAGUAAUGUCCAUGUAUAGUUUAUGACAUCAUUACAUUGUUAUUUUAUUUGUUCAGCAGCUUGGGGCUGUUCAGUUCAAAUCAAAUACCAUGUCUGAUCCCAAAUCCCUGUUAUUUCUCAGAAACCUAUAAAAGGAACUUAAGUUCAGAUGGGAGACCUACUUGGUGGUGAAAUGGGGCCAGGGGAAAAAUUUUUUUCUUUAUAGAUGAAUAGCAAGACAUCUGAAGCACUUUUUUAUUUUUAAGGUAUGGAUACUUUGAAGGCCUUUUUUCCGAAUAUAGAUGAAGAUGACCUUCUGCUUGCUCUGAAAGAGAGCAACUUUGACCUUGAGGAAGCAAUUAGUGACAUUUUGAUCAAGAGUAGUCCCUUUGAACAUGAAGGUGUAGUACAGUGAUAAUGCAAUAAUAUUCCUUUAUUAAUUUUGUUGAAUAUGUUACUAUCAUGUUAUGGCCUUGUUAAAACUAACAAAUAGUUGCCAGUGUAGGGGACAGUGCUUCUUAUUCGUCUUUCUGAGUGGAACCCUUUAUCUUGGCCGCUUUGUGCUAUGUGGCCUUAAUCCUGUCAACACUAUGCUAUAUGGGCAAAAUGAUGGCUCUUUGUCUCUAACUGAAGUUCCCUUGACCUAACAAAUUUAUAGUGUGGAGCACAGCUUGGGUAAGACUCAACAUUUCAUGGGCUUACCAUUACUGAUCUCCCCAUUUUCUGAGGAAGACAGAAAAGGUGCCAUAAAGCGUUAACAGUUUUAACAGAUUGUCUAUUUCCUUGUGAGAUCAAUAGUCAAUGUUCUCAAAAAAAGCAAUCAACAGCUUAGAGUGAUAUAUCUUUCUUUCAGAUGAGCCUUUCUCACCUAGCAGUGAAGUGGAAGUUACCCUUAAAAAUGCUCUGCAGAAGUACCAGAAAAUUGUGGAUGAAGAUAGAUGCAAAAUAAUUGACGUAGACAGGGCAGUCCUCUGGAAGACAGCUCUUAUAUUUUAUAAGAGCUCCUCAAAGGAACAGUUAUAUCGAAAGUUGAAUGUCAUGUUUGAAGGAAUGGAGGAUGCAGUUGAUGCUGGAGCACUCAGUCUGGAAUUUUUUGCUGAUUUAGUAAGGACCAUCGAUUACAAAUUGUUUGAGGGCAAACCUGACCGUCGUGUUCCACAGUAUAGCUGGGAACAUGUCUACCUGAUAAAAAUGGCCGGUGUUAUGGUUGCACACUCAUUGCUUCAAAAAGGCCCAGGUAUGCCAUGUCUAGCUCCAUAUGUGUAUGAAUACCUAGUGUCUGGUGAAAAAGAACAUGCUGCCGCAUAUGUCAACUAUGAAGACCUGCCAGAAACGUCGCAGACAGGAGUCCUUAAGGAACUUAUCAAGAGGGUGAGUGCUGUAAUAUUGCAUAAUUUCCCCGUGACUCCACUUUCUCUAACAGGGCACAGUGGACUGGCCAUGACAUUAUUGAGUCAUGAGUACCUUUAAACCAGUUCUCCCACAUUAAAUAUCAAAAUAUGAUUUUCUUAAGGUUGAAGGUGCCCAAACUGAUGAGGACAUACACAAACUAUGUGAUGAACCCCAGUUCAGCACUGUAAUUGAUACAUCUGGUUGGCCCAUUGGUAGAGUCUUGAAUGUCAAGUCUAAAGGCGACUUUGUGACAUACAUGCUGGUGGAAGAGCUUGUUGGUAAACGCCUUCAACUGCUCCAGAACUUUAGAGAAGGUCUGGACUACUUUGGAUUGGUGGGGAUGAUUAAAGCAAAUCCAAGUUUGUGGAAGCCAUUGUAUGUAACAGAGAACCCAGAACCUCUGAGUGCAGAUACCUUUAUGAGCCUUGUUGAGCCUCCUUCAGGUCUCGAGGAACUGCAGGCCAGAGCAUAUGCAUUUUUUGUGGACUUUGUCAAGGGAUAUACAAAAUGUAAAGGUUUUUACAUAUUAUAUAGUUGA